AACAUGCCGCCUAGUUGGACGCGCUUCCCAGUUCGAGCUGCUCUCUUACUUUGCAGCUUGCAAUGGGUGUGCAGUGAACUUGUAACCGAAGCAGAAGUGGAUAAGAUUGUCUGCGUUAGUCCGACUUUGAUAAAGCGUCACAAUCUAAACCCACAGCUUUACGGCGGUUGCGAGUAUCGAAAGCGAAAUGCAACUGUGCCACAGUUUCGUCGCUUGCGUCGAGAGAUUAAACCAAUAUUUCGGGGGCACCCAAAGCCACGCGGAGAGAUUCUGGCAAAUAAGUUCCACAUGAACUCGUUCAGCGCCGAUCAAACUGACUCCCUGGUGAAGCUAGUCAAUAAAAUCGCCAUCGAGUAUCUGUACAAGUGUCCACCGGUCAUCUAUUAUGACAGUUUUGUAAAGAAAUCCGAGGCCAUGAUACUGGAAAGUCUUUUUAAGACUUUUCCCAUCACCUUUUAUCAUGGCGAAAUAAACGAACAUUAUAAGGCCAUCAAUUCAAGGUUGAGACGAAACAUAGAUAGCCAGUGUAAAAGCUAUAUACUAUUCCUUUCGGAUCCAGAGAUGACGCGAAAAAUCAUUGGACCACAAAUCGAAAGUCGAGUUGUGCUGGUCGCACGCUCAACACAAUGGAAACUAAGGGACUUUCUGUCCUCGGAAGCCUCUUCAAAUAUUGUCAAUUUAUUGGUCAUAGGCGAGUCACUGACCGAAACUUCAUCGCGUGAACGUCCUUACGUGCUCUAUACACAUAAACUAUAUACCGAUGGUUUGGGUUCCAAUACGCCCAUUGUGCUGACCAGCUGGAUUCGAGGCGCACUUUCUCGUCCGCAUGUUAACCUCUUUCCGCCGAAAUUUGCAAAUGGUUUUGCCGGACACAGUUUCCAGGUGUCGGCUAUAAAUCAGCCACCUUUUAUAUUUCGCAUUCAAUCGCUAUCCAGGGGUGGCUCUUCUCACACCAAUUGGGAUGGCUUGGAGUACCGUUUACUCAAUAUGAUUGCGUCGAAACUCAAUUUUACCAUCGACAUCAUAGAGCCAGCAAGACGAACAAAUGUAAAGAGCGUCAUUGACAAUAUAAUGCUUCAAGUCCGCACUAAAGCUGCCGACAUCGGCAUGUGUGGACUGUAUAUCACGGACGAUCGCAUCACGGAAACCGACAUGUCCAUUGGGCACUCACGCGAUUGCGCUAGUUUCAUUACGCUUGCAUCCAAAGCUUUGCCAAAAUACCGUGCAAUUAUGGGCCCCUUCCAGUGGCCGGUUUGGGUUUGUAUUGUAGUGAUUUAUUUGGGCGCCAUAUUUCCCAUUGUGUACAGUGAUCGGUUGACGUUGCGCCACUUGAUCGGAAAUUGGGGCGAGAUGGAGAAUAUGUUUUGGUAUGUCUUCGGCAUGUUUACCAACAGUCUCACCUUUUCGGGCAAAUACUCGUGGACCAGCACACAGAAGACAUCGACGCGUCUGCUUAUUGGGUCUUAUUGGUUGUUUACGAUAAUUAUAACGGCAUGUUAUACCGGCUCCAUCAUUGCAUUCGUAACACUGCCAGCCUUUCCGAAUACAGUGGAUUCCGUUAACGACUUGUUGGGUCUUUUCUUUCGCGUAGGAACACUAGACAAUGGCGGUUGGGAGACUUGGUUCCAGAACUCCACGCAUGUCCCAACAGUCAAAUUGUACAAGAAAAUGGAGUUUGUUUCCAACCUGGAAGAAGGUAUUGGCAAUGUAACGCAAAGUUUCUUCUGGAACUAUGCAUUCUUAGGCUCGGCGGCACAACUGGAGUUCAUGGUGCAGAAGAAUUUUUCAGACGAGUAA